UAUUAAUUGCCUCCUCGUGUUCUCUGGGCUUCUCAUCUUGUUUGCUUUCAACCACAACUCCGUCAUUACUGUCCUCCAUUCUGUGCCUGUGCCAUCUUGCGGUCUACAACUUAUCCCACGAGCGCGUCUAACCACGAUGCGGUUGCAAGGGGAUUGGGCCUCAUUGGAAGCCAUAGCCACUAGCCUGCUCGAGGGCAGCCCUCUCGCGAUUGCUGUCACGGUUUUCAUCGCCUUUGGACUUCCCGUUCUAUUGCAUCUCUUUUUUUACCGAACGGUGGCUUCUCCACCUUCUAGCAAUUUUUUGCUUUUGGGUCCGAAUGGGGCUGGAAAGACCGCUCUCCUGACUCUGCUUGAAGCAAAGUCGUCACACACUACGCGUAAAGAUACUCGAGUCACGCAUACGUCACAAAUAUCCACCGCGGCGACAAUCAGCCUCCCCGCCUCGGUGCCAACUGCAUCAAAUCGCUAUAGGUCGUUGAAUGACACUUCGUUAAAGGAUGUUGCCAAAAAUCCAGUCAAAUACCGGUUGUGGGAUACUCCUGGUCAUGGCAAACUACGAGCAUCUCAAGGUAUCUCGCGGUUGCUUUCCAUGUCAACGUCAAAGGAAGCGAAGUCGAAGUUGCGUGGUGUCCUGUACAUGGUCGACACCGCAGUACUCGCCGACCCGGAGAAUCUACGAGAUGCGGCCAAUUACUUAUACGAUGUGCUUCUGAUUCUCCAGAAACGUGCUCUGAGUAGGGGAAAGAAAGUGGCAUUUGAGAUUCCUGUGCUUGUGGCUGCCAACAAGCAAGACCUUUUCACGGCCUUGCCGCCCGGGUCCGUGCGGGAAAGGUUGGAAGAUGAGAUUAAUAGAGUCCGGAACUCUCGAAGCAAAAGCCUCCUGGAUGCUAGUCUUGAUUCUGAGAACGUCGAUGGCGAUGACGAUAUUCUCGGCGGCAGCGAUCACCACGGUAAAUUCUCAUUCCAGGCUUUCAAGGACGAUGUCGGUAUAGUAGUAGACGUCGGAGGAGGAGCAGUUAUGGGUGAUGGAGAGAGAAACCUUGGAUCUGGGGUCCGCAAGUGGGAGGAAUGGAUCGGCCAGUGUCUGUAGGGCAUACAAUUCCAGAUUUGCAGAGUGCGCCGUUGCCCGUGGGCUGGUAUAGGACCCCAGGGUUUUAUAUGUCGCCCUGUAUAUUCUCAAGAUAUUGUGCAACAAGGCGUGAGAAACGAAAUAUCCUUGGUGAUCAUUCACCUCUGCACUGUACACUCAUGGCAUUUUCUCCACGAUGGGCAUCAAACAACAUUGACAUGUGAAGUACUGGAAAGGGUCGAGAGCACUUUUGAGAAGACCCAAUGUCAAAACAAAAUCAGAUAAUAGAGCA